UUCUUUUAAUAGAAGACACAAAAAUGAUCUCAAACAAACUAACAUGGGUCCUGCUGUGACACAACGCAGUGGAUUGGUAGGCGUCUCUCAUGAAAGGGGAAAGAACAGAAUGACAUGGAAGUAACUUAUUUCCCUCUUUAAAGUAUCAUCUUCCAUUUGAUUAACUGUCUUAACUUCUAAACGAAUUAUUAUCAAAGUAAAUAAAUUUUGAUUGACUUACAUACUUGCGGUAACGUUGAUGCCAUUAAGUAGAACAAUGAAAAUGCAGAUUAAACUUCUUAAGUUCGUUUAACUCAACUCCGCGUUUGUUUCUGAAGGUCGUGUGUUUAGUUGAUGUUAAACUCAUUAUGAAAUCCAUGUGUGAAACGGAUUGGGUGAAUACUAUACAUAUCAAAAUUGUAUUGAAUAUAAGUGCUCUGUGCAAAGAUCUGGAAUCCAAUGAAAAGAAGUGGCAUGGUUUGUGUGACAAAGAUGGCGUCACAUGUCACGUCGAGUGCAACAAGAUGACGUCAUCAGCUAGAAAAGUUGGACUUGCAACAAUGUUUGAAUAUUUGCUGACAAAUUUUACGGGCUACGAUGAAUUUUUCUAUAUCUCCAUUAUCAUGCUAGCAUUCUCAACAAUAGCUGCUGUUUUGUUAUAUCAUAGAAAAAAGUUAAUUCCACCGGAAGACGAAAGGAACAAAGAAUCUGAAGCACAGUUAACUGGAACAUCCGCAGAAAAUAGGCACGGUCCAUGGCUACAUCGUGAUUCACAGGUAUCAGUGGGUAAUGACAUGAAAAAUCUUGACUGUUAUAACAACAACACGAAAAUUAAUCCUCUCCUUCAUUGCGAAAAAGAAAAAUACAAUGGAAAGAAAAGUAGAGCAAGAAAAAAACACACUGUGUUGAACUCACUCAUUAGGACAGUUCCGAACGAAUACAAGACGCGUAUUAUUAAUAGAGAAGUCUGUAGAAUCAAUAAUCAAAAAAAGAAUCCUAUGUGUGUAUGUCCUGAUGGGACAAGAAGCGUUUCUCCUACUGCUUCUUUGCUUGACUUAAUGACGGAUUAUCCAUUUGAAAGCACUUCUCACGAGGAUUCCCCAUCAAUAUGCGUAUCGAAAUCAAUUUUGUCAGAACCUUUGCCAGUUGUGAUUGAGAGCGAUGAAUCAAGCAUUGAAGCUGAAUGUUGUAAAACAUUAAAUUUUAAAUUGUUGGAAGAAUGUUCAAUAGCUACAUCUAAUGAACUUAAUAUGAACAAUGAAUUUCAAAAUCGUACCAAUAUAUCGGCUUAUGGAAAGGAAGAAAAUUUUAAGACAUGUACAAAUAAAGAGACAAUUAUUCCACCAACUAUAGAAGAAGAAAAAGGAACGACAAAUGGGUUUUUCUUUUCUGCAAUGGCUUCAUCAAAUGACGACGUUUUAAAGGAAAGUUUAUUCCAAAAUAAAAGUAUUAUUUUCUUGAAUAAUAAUGUUAAUAAAACAGAUGAAAAUAUUGAUCCAGAAAAUCAGGAAGAGUACAAAAAAGAAGAAAAUGAAAUCAAAGACUAUAUUCAACAAAAGCAUAAACAGCUGAUGAAACAUAAAAACGAAAUAAGUCUAACAGAAAAAGAUAAAAAGUUUGAUAGUGGGUUUCAGACUGAUAAAGACUGUGUUGAAAAAAUAAAUACAUUAGAGUUUCUGACGGGAGAAGAAAAAAACGCAGAUAAAUAUAUUAGAAAAGAAAAAAAUGAAGAAAAAGAGCUUGAUAUUAAAAGAAACACAGAAAGAGACAAAGAUAUUCUUGCAGUAGGAAAAAAAUAUGAAAAGAAAAAUAAACUUGAAGAUAAGGAAGAACUUUUCGGUCAAAACGAAAAAGAAAUCGUUGUUAAUAAAAACAUUGAAUGUGAAGAAAUAGUUGAGGAAAACCCCGAACAAGACCAAAGUCUAGCACAAGAAUAUAAGUUUAAUAUUAUUAACUUCUCUCCGCAACAACAUUCCAGCAUUAAAGAUAUUUCUAUACCAAGUGCUAAAAAAGAACAAAAUACCUCGAUAAAACGCAAUGUAAACUCGAUUAAAAACUCAUUCACAGAGCCUUCUAGCAGCAUUACGAUUAUUAAAGACGAAUUAGUUUCCAACCAAGACAUUGUGAAUGAGAAAUAUUCUAAUAACUACGCUUCUUUAGAAUUAGGUCUAAGUCCUUGUAUAAUAGAUAACGUGGUUUCUCUUAAUGUUCAUAACAAUAAUCUCCCUAAUCACAAAGAGAUCAGAUAUAAAGAAAUAGUUCGUAAACAAGAAAAUAUUGAUUUAGACAAAACUUGUUUAGAAGAUAGCUCAGUAAACGAGUUAAAAGGACGCAGUUAUAACAUUACGAAUAAAAAUAUAGCUGCCAACGUUGAAAGUUUACAAAAAGAAAUCGGUUUAAAAACACAGUCAAAUGGAACAGAAAUAUAUUUAGAUGAAAAAACGCACACCGUCGCUAAAUUCGCAUCUCUGUGUAAAACAACAAAGCAUGAAUUAAAUAAAAAUAGGUCGACUAAAGUUUUCAAAAGUUUGUGGAAGCAAGAUAAAGACAGAGAAAAGUUAACACCGAGUGGAGAAAACACAGAAUUUAUCAAAUAUCGAGAAAGCACAAGAUGUAAUAUUAUUAACGAAGAUUUUUCUCCCGUGACUGAAGAUUUGCAUCGAGUUUCUUUUCGUGACAUUGACUAUAACACUGUCAGUAAUUUAAAUGACAAUAAACUUGACCUGCAAACGAAACGAAUUUUAUAUAAGAAAACACAAGGUGAUAUAAGCAACAUGGGUCAACUACUUUCAUUAAUACUUGAAACUGACAACUUCGGAGAUCUACCUGUGGAAGCUGUUGAUAUGCUUGGCGGGAAAAUUACAAUCUCCGAAGAUGGCGAAUAUGCCGUGAUCGACAUCGAAGGACAGCGUAAAGAGUAUAAAAUUGAUAAAUUUAAAUUGCAAAACAACCAAGGUUUUAGUGAGAAGAUAAGAAAAAGUCGCAAUCUAGCUGCAUUGUUUGAUGAACUAGAAAAAAUUAACGUUGUAGGAGAAAAUAUUUCAAGCGAAAGUGUUAUUAACGAAGAUAAAAAACUUUUGGAUCUGAUAAUACCUCAUAAAGGUUGUCAAAGUGAAGCUAUUGAAAAACCGUUAGCAAGUAAUUGCGACAAUAUGACUUAUUCCGGUGCAACUAAGGCACGACCGGAUCAAAAAAACAUGAACACACAUGAAAAGGAAACGAAAGACAAUGAAGUAAUAAAUACGAAAACUAAUGAACUUUACAAAUCACAAUACAAGCCAACUACGCCAACACAAUCACCUGACACUUUGGGAAAACAAAACUACACGAUAGAAAAUGGCGAGAAAGAAAAUAUGAAGCUACAAACUGAUCCCACAAACCAAUUUAGUAAUCCUCAAAAUUCCAUAGUUGUGGAACACGAUAAUGAAAUUCAAUUAUACAUUAAUGAACCGGAUGUUUUUACUGUCAACAAACACAAUAGAACUCACGUUCCCGUACACGAUAUUUUAACAGUAAAUGAAAACAAAAGUUAUGAUAGUAAUGAAAAUAACGCGAGGUCUAUUAAUAAUCGAAGUGCUAAUCACGAAGAUUAUAAAAUUAACCAAAAUUUGGUUAGUAACGAGAUAGAGAAUCGUCAAUGGAUAAAAAAAACAGAUCAUGUCAAUCCUAGUGUUUGUAUUAAUAAAGAGAAAAUAAUCAAAAGCAGAAUAGAAACUUUACACGAAGAAAACGAGAGAUAUUUGAAUGAGUUUCAAAGUGGUAAACAAACAUCAAGUUUGGAUAACGUUUCAAUACAAUUGACUGACGAUAUUUCCAGAGUGAUUACGAGCGAUGUUCUGGAACAACACAAAGAUAAUUUUAAAUCGCAACUUACUAGAGAGGUAGAUGUAAACCAGGAGAAUCUUUGUAUAAGCUACAAUCAAGUUAUUUCUCCUAGUACAAAGCAAAACUUACAUUCCAAUUCUCCUCAAAGUAUCCCAAGUCAUGAAAAUAGUUCAAGUUGCGAAUUAAGUAUAAACCACUGCAAAAAGGCUCGCUCUGAGAAGAGUAACAAAGCAGACGGUAAAAGUUUAAACGAAACAUCGAGCAGUGACAAUAAAAAUAUUUCACUCACGUCAAAUCGCUUUCAUGUAGUAAAAGAAUUAACAUCACAGAGAAAAUCAAGAUCUUUAAGCAACCUACACAUAAAAGAAAUAAAAAACCAACAAGAAGAAAAGGGACAAAAGUCAUCAAACAAGCUUGCUAAAAAAAGAAAGUCUAAGAGUAUGGAAAUACGUCGCAAAAAACCCAGCGUAGUACUAUCAGCAAGUUUUACAAACAUUAGCCCAAAAAUCAAAGAAACAAAUUUAGACGACUUGAUGAAUUCUAUAAAUGGAAAUGGCAGCCAUAGCUGUGAUUACAUUUUUUCAACGCAAGAUCGAAGAAAAUCUGAACCAAUUGUUAAUAACUUAUCUAAUUCGAGUGAUUAUUACAGUGUAAACUUCUUAUCGGAGGAAACUGACAUUGAUGACGUCACUGAGACAGAAAUUGCAGCUCCUUUGGAAAAAGAGAUAACAACAUCUGAAGAAGUCAAAACAAUCAAACAAAAGGAAAAGUUAUACUCUCAAAAAUUCUUGUCUGGAGAAUUAACAGACCACGACCAUUUGGAGCAACGAAGUGAACUUGAAUCUCCUCUAAUAUCUCCAACCAGUGUUUGCUCAGAAGAUAACUUGCUCUUCUCUAAAAGUGAAUAUCAAAAAGAACUCAAUGACGCUACAAACAGGGAGGAUGAACAAAAGUUUCUUAAAAACGAUAAUGGGGAACAUUCACAAGAAACUCCAACUGACACCGUAAGUAAGCAAACAGAUAUGGUAUGUGAGCUUCCCAUUAUCUGUGGAGAUUCGUACAACGUAAUGGGAGAUGAACGAGUAAAAAGUAUUGAAUUUAAUGCACCAGAUGUGGAUAAAAUUGCAGAAGACGUGCCUAAAAUAAAUUUAUCAUUUUCAGAAAAACGAGCAAGAGACAAGAAUAAUGAAAGAGAUACGGAAGUAUCAGUUUCUAGUACCAGUACGGAUAAUAGCAACUGUCAAGUCCCUCCAGUCGUUUCAACGUCAUCUGGUAUGCCACUAUCUACUUCAGACAUUCCAUCAAACGAACUAGCAACAUCUCUUGCAAAAAAAUUGGAACAACUAAAAUGUAUGUCAGAAAAAAGUGUUCCAGAAAACCCAUCAGGUGGAAAAACAGAAGAAAGAACUUUACCAAUACAUUUAGAAAAGAGACAAGGAUGUGAAAGCGAUGAAAUAAACGAUGGAAUUCAAGCUCAAAAUGACAAGUCAAUUGAGAAUUUGGAAGAAACUGUUGAAAGACUUGAAACUACUGAAUGGCAAUCUGUAAACAAUUUUCUUUCCAAGGAUCCUCUUGAUUCGAGUAUCAGCACAGUAGAUUCAUCUUCUGAUCAAGAAACAAACAGACAUUUAGAUUUAACGAAUGUAUCGUUAUUUAGUGAAGUGGAUAAUAAAACACAUUCGGAGCUUUUUCAAUGUGCACAUAAUAUACAAAUUAUUAUAGAGGACGAAGAUGAAAUAAAGCACACCAGAAGAAAUAAAAAUGAAGGAUUGGAAACGACCAUACCCUUCGCUCAGCCUCUAGCUAUCCUUGAUAAGACAGAGAGUGACAUUAAAGAUGCCGUGUUAUCAGAAAACAUCCCUGUAAAUCCACAACAAACUAGCGCUGUUAGCGUUGCCAAUGAUUUCUUUUAUGAAGAGAGUUUGUUUGGAUUUGGUUCUGAUAUAUUGACUUCGUCACCAAGAAUUGAAAGUAACAUUUCUGCAUCUACCAUAAGUGCAAGUGAAGCAACCGCACCAAUUUUAGAUUCGCUUUCAUUACCAAAAGAGAUCUUGACUAAUGGCGAAGAUUUGAGCUCAAGUGAUACUUCCUAUUCGUUCAUUGAUACUGAUAUAUUACCUGUAACUGAAACAGUAAAAACAGCGGCAAUAUCUUGCAUAGUCACACCUCGUGAUAGCGAAAUUAAGUCAGCGCCUAAUACUCCAUUUACAAAAAAACGAAACAAAAAUCACCUUUAUAAAUUAUUAACCAAGUCUAAUUCCUGGCAAUUUGUAAGCGAUUAUCAUCUGUCCAAGGACAGUCAGCAUUUAAUUGAUAGUAUCGAGGUGGAUAUAGAAAAUGAAUUCAAUAAAAGACAAGAAGAUGAUCAAAUUAGACCAGACAAAAACAGACAAGGUGUCCCCUUUGCAAAAAAUAACCUAAAAAGGGUGGCUACUAGGCAAUUAUAUGGCGAUCCACCAGUUAGUAACAAUUCUCAAUUAUUCCAAUCAAUAUCAUCUACAAUACAGAGUAGAGAUACUGAACCAACGAGCUUUAAGAGAUCUUCAUCGGAAUCCUUUACAUUACCAAAAGGUUUAAACCUGAAACCGUACGCUUCUGAUCAAAGAAUAUCCAGGUCGCUCCAUAGCAUUUUCACAGGCGACGAUUUGGAAACAGAUAUAGACGAAGUGGAUGAAACUGAACUACAAAAUAUUUUACAAAGUCCUGCUUUAUAUGAAAGAUCACCAGACGUGCAAGUAACAGACGUUGAUAAGAUGUUAUCUUCAGCACCACCAAAGAGACUUGUCAAUGCACGAAAAUAUGUUAUCGUCUCAAAAACUGAAAGACGACUGUCUGAAAAAUCUUUAAACUCGCCGACAUCUCCUAAAGAACUAAAACUAGACAACGAAAAGCAGGAGAAUAUUGAUUCUGUUUAUCAGGAUGUAGAGAAAGUGUUGAAGAAUGAUGUAGAAGAAGUACUGUGUAACAGUUAUUCAUCUGUAAAUACUGUAGAAGAUGACAGCACUAAGAGUAGCGAUGGUGAUCCGAUAACAAAAGAAAUUAUGGAGGAAGCAGAUAAAGUCAUUCAAAAUCAGCAAAAAGAAAUAAUAAAUGGAAAACAGUGUGCUACUAUAUUAAAAGAAGACAUCCCAAAAUCAAAUAAAAACAUUGUCAUAGAGGAACGCACAGCAGAAGUAAUGGAAAAUGUAACAGAUGAUCGACCUAGUGAUGAAGAUUUUACUGGAGCUCUUACUGACACUGAAGAUAGUAUUUUAAGUAAACAAACUUUUACAGAAAGGAUUGAUUUGCUAAAGUUUAAAGAUACAAUUCACACUGCAGAUUAUGAAAAUUUCAAGCAAAUUUCAAGAAAUCCAUACAAUCACCGCGAUUCCUGGGAUAUUCUUGAAAAAUCACCAAUUCAAGAAAUCACAAAGCAAAGUUUAUGUGUUGAUAAAGGAUGUUUAAAAAAAGAUACAAUAAUGGAAAGACAGGUAAAGCAUCAGUCAUGGAAUAUUUUGGAUUUGAAGACCGAUGAUAAUAUGAAUUUUCUUAUUGCUCCGAAAAUAAAUCAUACAGAUAAACGACAUUCUUCAGACAUCAGUUAUCUUUUUCAGAAAUAUCAAAAAGAAAAAGAGUCGGUGAAAAGAAUGAACAAUAAUAAUAUAGGUGACAGUCUGAGUGAUUUUAGUGAAAUAUCUUCUAUUUCAGAUGCUAGCUCUUUUGAAGAUUUAUGGCAUAAAAGUGUCUCUGAAAUCGAAGAACCAGCAUUCCAUUUUAUCAGAUCAAUGCAGACACAUCAAUCAGCAUUUUCACCACUCGAAUACUUAAGCGAUGAUGAAAUCGAAAGGUUGCGUAAAUUUCAAUACGACACUGAAUCAGCGUCAAAAGUUAAUUCACCAAGGUUGCACAAUAUAUCGAGCCAAUCAUCUGGUGUAGUAUCUCCAAUUACUCCUAGUUCUCCUUGUAUGUCGCAUGUAACAGCUCCAAUUGAAGUUAAAGAAACCAUUGUUGAAGAUUUACCAUUCCCCACUAAGCCCACAUUUGUUCCUGAAUUUUCCAUGUUCGAUGAAUCUGACCUAGGUAAUAUGGUUCUGGCACAAGCAGCUUCUGCAGUACGAAAUAGGAGAAAGGGAAGUCGAAGGAAUGUUCGAGGAGAGCGAAAGCCUGUAGUGACUCCAUGUGAAUUAAAUAUCGGUAAAAAUAAAAGGAAGGAAACAAAGGCCUCCGAUUCAGGCAUAUCAGAUAGCUCAAAUAAUUUAACUCCAGGAGAAACUAAGUUAUCUAGUUUUAUGCCGGUUAAACCGCCGUCCUGUGAGCUUACAGAAGUUAAGCAAAUGACAGAAGCUCUUUGUACAGAAAAUACAAACGAAGUAGUAAUGUUAUCAAAACAGAACGUGGAGAGACACGAAGCAUACGGGUAUGAUUGUUCCUCAUCACCACAGCCACUAUCAAGUCGAUCACGAAAAUCUUCGACAUCCACUCUUCAGUCAAAACAUUCUACUGAAUCAGACAAAAAACGCAGACAUGUCAAUGGAAAUUUAACCGGGAAUAAAAUCAACAGAAACAGUCAUGAACACUCCAGUUCCAUGCCAAAUCUGAAUUUUGUUAAGCGAUUGUCAUCAGAAGAUUUAGAAAUUUAUGAUACCGAUGACUUUCUUAGUGAGUCUAGUUUACUCUCUGAGACAUUUUUUGAGCAAGGCUCUAUCGUUGAUGACGAAUUAUACAUUUACCCUUCCCUCCACUUACGAACAUCACGGAAUUCAACACCGAAAUGCCACGAAGACAAUUCGGAUUCAAGCGGUGGUGAAAGUUUUUCUACGGAAUAUCAUGAUAAUUACUCCGAUUUAAAGUUGAAAGAAUCUGAGCGGACAGUGUAUUGCGGAAACCCACCAUGUUCAAAGCAGCAAGUUAUGGUCGGUCACGGACGAUCAUUGUUCACUUCCUGUCCAGCUUGCUUCACGUGUUACUGUAGUCGUUCUUGUAGGCGGGCGCAUUGGCAAGAUCAUAAACGAAUUUGCUUUUACGGCCGCAUCAGUUAUUAUAUCCGCUCUCUGAUUACACGUUGUGAGAAGGAACCCAAGUUAAAUACGCAGUUGCACAGUCUAGCUGCAGAAAGUUUCAAUAUUUUUGGUCGCGGUGUAUUGUUUAUAAAUUUCGAUUCGGCUACCGAUGCAAAAAUUGCUUUAGUGUCCAAGACAACAGCCUUAACAACGUCACCCGUUUAUACACCAGAGGGUAAUAUCCAGAAUGACAAUGCACAAAAUCGACAUACGCGUUUUCUUUACCAAACUUUACAGGAUUAUGACCCCGAACAGGAGUUUGUUAUUAAUAUCUCGAUUGUCAUAGGUGAUAGUAAAGAAAUUCCUAAAAAGAACCGUAAAAGUACAGUGGUUCGUUGUGCAAGAAUCCCAAUACUGCCAGCGAACACAUCCACAUUUGGUUAUAAUUUGUCGUCUUACGUCAUACGAACUUUUUCGUUGCCGAAAACGAUUGGAGAGGAUUUCAUCAGCAAUAUGGAAGCGCGUCGUUAUUACUGUCGUGAGAUAUCUUUCGGGUUAAAACGCUGCGGUGUCCAUUUAAAAACAGAAUAUCCCGACGCCUAUGAAAAACUUUGUCGUUAUGUCGAGCAAGGAGUUAUAUUUUUACCGUUAGUACUGUAUGGUCAAAGAGAUGGACGAAAUUUUAAAUGUAUCUUAUACCCAGAGAGCGUUAAUAAAUCGGAAGAAGCACACGGGGAAGGCGUUCUCGUGUGAAAAAAAAGCAUUUAAAAUUUUCUAUUGAAUGUCGAUAUUCUUCGAAAAUAGGUAUUUAUCAUUUAUACUGAUUUGACAAAUAAUUCCAAUGAAAGUUGCCCAUCACACUCAAAAAGUAUUUCCAUCAACAAAAAAUAUAGUGUCAGUCUAUUUAUAACCAUUAGCGCUGUUUGUUACUGUUUGCAACUCAAAAUUAGGCUUUCUUCCGUUCGCCAUUAUUUUAUACGUUCAGACGAAUUUACCUAAGACUGGUUUUAUGUUUUUUUAAACUUUUUUUUUAUUCAUUAUAUAUUAUCAUGUAUAUUUAACACGAGAAAUAAUUUUCUAAAAAAUAACAUUAUUUUAUUGCCUGUAAACAAAUUGUAAAUAGUUAUGUGAAUUUCCGAAAAUAAACAUAUUCUAAGAAUCAUGAAUUAUUUAUAUAGUGGCAUUUCUUCCCAUUGUUUAUAUUUUGAAGAGGUCCGACAAAACGAAAUUUAAUGUUGGGGGGGGGUAAAUUUCGAUGAAAUAACCAACUCCGGAAA